AUGGAUUACUUGACGAAACACUGUCAAAAGCCGCUACCGUGGAACCUACUUUAUGCAGAUGAUGUGGUUUUAAUUUCGGACAACGUCGACCACCUACAACAAGACCUAAAUACCUGGGUAGAAGCGCUUAAAGCCAACGGUUUGAAGAUAAGUAGGAAGAAAACCGAACAUAUGUCCUGUAUCUUUGACGGUUUAACAGACCCUAAAACUAUCAACAUCUCGAUAGGAGACACGCCAAUACCCAGAGUGUCGGAAUUUAAAUAUUUAGGUUCGAUAGUGUCCAACGACGGCAAAAUUGAUAGGGAUGUUACUCACCGGACCACUACGGGCUGGAUGAAAUGGAGACAGCUCACAGGAGUCAUGUGCGAUAAGAAAAUGCCGCUCAAGACCAAAGAAUAA